ACGCGACCUUGAACGUUUUUAAAAGUAUAUUUACCUACGCAACACGGCUGUGGUAUUUCCUAUGGGUUUGGAAUGUUACACAGUGUUGGAAUGUAUAGGAGAAGGCUCUUUCGGACGUGUUUUCCGUGGAAGAAGAAAGGAAACUGGACAGAUUGUAGCCAUGAAGUUUAUACCGAAAGUUGGGAAGAGCGAAAAUGCUCUUAAAAAUCUCAAACUUGAAAUUGAGAUUAUGCGAUCAAUGCAUCACACUAACAUAAUAGAAAUGCAAGACUCAUUUGAGACAGAAAGAGAGGUUGUUGCAAUUACUGAUUAUGCCGAGGGAGAUCUUUUUCAAAUAAUUGAAGAUGAUGGCCGACUUUCCGAAGAAACGGUUAGAUCCGUGGCUUGUCAGUUGGUAUCUGCACUUUAUUAUCUUCAUGCCAACCGUAUUUUGCACAGAGAUAUGAAGCCACAAAAUAUUUUACUGGGUCAAGAUGGUGUUGUCAAGCUUUGUGAUUUCGGGUUUGCGCGAGUCAUGGGCUGGAAUACUUUAGUUCUGACAUCUAUAAAGGGAACUCCUUUAUAUAUGGCUCCGGAGAUUAUUGAAGAAAAACCUUAUGAUCAUACAGCUGACUUAUGGGCAUUGGGUUGCAUAUUAUACGAACUGUUCGUUGGUACUCCUCCGUUUUACACAAACAGUAUCUUUCAACUAGUCAAGAUGAUUACAAAAACUUCUAUUCAAUGGCCUCCAGAUAUGUCUUCUGUUUUCAAGGAUUUUUUGGCCAGGUUGUUGCAAAAAGAUGUACGACAACGUUUGCAGUGGCCAGACCUUUUGGAUCAUCCAUUUGUCUGCGAUAAGAUUGAAAUUUCUCCGGGUGUUCGUCUUCUUUCUAGUCCAUUAACUCAGCCACUAACUCCAAGUCAGCUAGCAGAAAAAGAAAGACAAAGAUUGCUGAUGCUGAGACCAAAUGGUUCAAGAGUACUAAGACGAGCUGGUGGUGACCAAUUUAGCAAACUCAAGCAGGUAAAAGAAGAAGAUAAGACUGACGACUCUCUAGACCGACGCCGUGGAAAGUCUGUUGUCAGAGAAGUACAAGAAUCAGAUCAAAAAGGGAACGUCGUUGAUAAAAGGCAUUCGAAACACAUUCCAGAUAAACCCCCGUUUUCGAAAUAUGGUGAUAAAGAAAAAGUGAAAAGACCCAGAACACAUACAAAGGCUGUUGAGGAGCAGGAGGAACUUGUUAAAAGACCUAAUUCAGCAGAUACUAACGUGGGCGGGAACGAAUCGUCUACCCAAAGUUGUCCUACCAGACGACCUCAAAGUUGUGAUGCUUUAGAAUCCAAAAAGAAAACCUCAGAAUGGUCUCACCUUGAAGAUAUUCCUGUUGAGCCUCCAACUCCAAGAGAAAAUCGAAUAUCUGCCGAUUACGACCGCGAAAAUGCAGUUCGAGAGUAUCUGCAACUAAGUAAUCAGGCACAUUGUAACACAAAUCCCAAACAACAUUCUGUAGAAAAAGACGAUACCUUGGUUGAUAAUACACCGAAAGAUCAAUCAGUAGAAAAAAAUUAUACAGAACAUUUUCAUUUAACGGUUAAAAAACAAAAUUCGCUUGAUACAUUUGAUUCAGUGUCAAAAUCAAGUCAUUCAGUAAAGUAUACUGGUUGGUGGUUAAGAGCUAGUGCAGAAGCCUGGGAACGUUUAGCUGAUGCUACAGAUAUUGAGUUUCCCCAUCCACCUGGUUGUGAGACAGAAAAUCCUCGACAUUCUAUAGAAAUCAGACAACCGAAGCGAAGAACAGCAUUAAGUUUACUUUGUGACAGUGAAUUUGGUCAACGGCUGUCAUUGAGAUUGGCAUCGGCUUCAGUUAUUGAUGAAAGGGCUGCAUGGGAGUCUAUUCACUCGUGGGCGUCAGCUUUAGCUGAAAAUCCUUCUCCGAAAGAUCAUAUCCGUCCAGUUUCUGCUGGAACAGCUGUAUCGAAAGAGUCAUCAGGUGAUGUAGUAUCCGGACUCGAAGCAGCUGCUUAUUUAAGGACUUUACUUCGCCUAGUUACAAAUCUAAUUACUGUCAAAUGCGAUGUUUCGAUUAUUGUACGGUUUUGUGAAGUGACCGAGUUACCGGUGCAAUUGAUUAAACUAAUGCAAUCAUUUCUAAAUUUUACGAAAUUACAUGAGAAAAUGUGGUAUGAACAAAUUCUUCUCGAUAUAAUUAUUGCAAUGAACGCCUAUUUUGUGAGUGAAAUUGGUCAAAGACAAAAUAUUCCACAUUCAGUCUUACAAAGUUACACAGAACAUGCCCUUUGUUUUAUUGAGCUUGUACCGAGAUUAGUGAAUCAGGAUUGUGACAAAGAAUUGCACUUACGUGAUCAAACUCUACUAUGUAUUCGUUAUUUAAUUGAACGUAUGGUUGAGAGGCCAUCUGCAGUUGUUGAGGAAUUUUUCAGUGAAUUAAAGAAACAUCAUCUUCAAACUAUAAAAACACUAGUAUUGAUGCCAUCCGUCAGUCGGUAUAGUAUAGUUGAUGCUGAUAUUAAUCGCUUAGACGAUAUUCGUGAACACGCUAUGGCAGCAUUGACUGCUUUCACAUGUCCUCUGUCCACGGUGUUUAUAUCAAACAAACAUUUCAAGGAUAAUAAUAACAAUUCUGUUGGGGGGACAAAACCAGGGAACUACUCUAUUCGAACACAUGAUAUUGCUAUGUACAUCGCGAACCAACUUUGUCAACCGGAAUUGGAGACUCAUUUACGUGUGUAUAUUUCCUAUCUAUGGGUUAGCCGUCUGUGUAUACACACAGCAAAAGUUUUUUAUGAUUGCGUACAAGCUGAUACUUUAUUUGCUCACUAUUGUAUGAAAAAGUUUCCGGUAUAUUUGGAAGCCUUGCUAGACUUGUUACGAGGAAGUGUUUCCGUAUCAAAAUCUGAUCGUGUAACUUUAGUUGAAUUAGUGAUGCAUUCAUUAACUGCAUUUAUUAUUCAAUUGGGUCAUGUACCAGAAAUAAUAUUACAGAACAAAGCACAAUUUUGUAAAAUGCUUGUUGAAUCACAUCUUCCAAGUCAUGCAGCUGCUUCAGCUCUACUUUUAUCUCAAAUCUAUGAACUACAAGAGUACAAUAUUCCAGCUAAACCAAAUGAUAUAGUUCAAGCAAUGUCAUUAAUUCUGGUUUCUCCAAUAGCUCAAAGUCAAUCUGCACGUAGUCGAUUACUAGCUGCUUUAAACGAAUCUACACCAAGAGGUGCAAUCAGUUUAAAAGAGAAUAUAAAUGAUUCACAUAGUGAAAUAGAUCUGUCAAUGACUUUCGGUUUACCACAAAUUUUAUGGCCUGGUAAUCAUGGUUGGCUUGAUGGUUUAUUUAAUUUAGCUCAAAUUAUCUGUACACAGGCAGGAAACACAAUUUGGCAGUCAUUUCUGGAAUUUCGUAUAUCUGAAAGAAUUUGGCAGUGUUUAGAACAAAUAUUCGAUCUGCAUAAAUCAACUAAUUCAUCGUCGGAUUCUGAUCACGGUAUUGAUCUAGUCAUGUUAUCACCUAGAGGAAUAUUAUCAGCUUUGAAUUUGGCUGCUACAAUUUUCAGCAAGAAGCCAAAAUUGUGCAUUGAAACGUUAUUAUGUAAUCAAAGUCAAAUGUUAUCUGUUCUAAAGCAUUUUUUUACAACAAAAUGCAUUGAAGAACUACGUCAAAGUUCAUGGGCGGCAUUACAUCCAACCGAUUUAGUAUUAGAUAUACUUAGUUCUUGUGCUCACUUAUUAUAUUUUCCGUAUAAAAAUGCUGAAGAAGAGUAUCAAAUUGCAUUGACUAAGGUCUAUGUAGAAAACCAUAUGUUAACUCAUUUUAUUCAUUCAUUAUGUAAUAUCUAUAAUUUAACAAAUUCACAUACGUCAUAUAAGAAAAACUCAAAUGGUACCUAUUUAAAUAACACUAUUAUCAAUAAUAAAUGUAAAAAUAUAAUUACAUUAAAAUCAUUAGACAAUGAUCCUGUAUUACUUGCACAUACUCAAUCUAUCCUACUGAUUGCAUUUAAACUAUGCUGUAAUCCAAUUAGUUUACAUGGUACAGAAAAUUCUGAUGAUAUAUCAAAUCUAUAUGGCCUAUAUGAAACACUUAGUGAAGAAGAAGGAUUAGUUUAUCAAAAAACUUUGGGUAAACAAUUGAUUAAUUUACUAUUUGGGUCCGAUCUAGAUGAUUAUGAACCGGAAGUAAAAGCGACACACGAAUUGAUUCAAUGGUGUUUCAAAUCGCCUAUUAAAGAAAUUAAAUGGAAUGCUUGUGCUUUAUUAUCACAAUUUCUAGCAUUUCGUAUAUUAGAGUUGUCUGAUAGGAAAAGUGGUAAUCAUUCAAUUAAACUGGAUCAAAUGAAAAUUGUAGAAGAUGAACGUACUGCUGGAAAUUUAGUUUGGUCACUAUUAACACCUGUUGAUCAACCUGCUGUACAAACUCCACAGAACUUAAUCAACUUCAUUGAAGAUUCUCAUGUUAUAUUAGUUGUACACGGUUUAAGUUUACUUAAUAAUUUAAUGCUGUGUAUGUAUAGUGAAUCAAAUAUGUGUGAAAUUCUACCACAUUUUACAAAUGAAUUACAAUGUCAUCAAAUUUGUCGUUUACAAUUUGAUUCAACUAAUAGUCCAAUAUUAAAACGUAAAUAUUUAUCAACAACAUCAUCCUCAUCAAUAUCAUCAUCAAGAACACGUUCGAUUUUAGACGUGAAAUAUUUAACAUGGUACUUUGAUAAACCAUUGAAUUUAUGUAUUAAACAUUUACAACAUAAUUGUUCAGUGAUUCGUCAAUAUGCAUUAUUAAUUAUUGGUAAUGUAUUAUUUUUAUCUAAUGAAUUAUGUAUGAAUAUUGUGUCUGCUUUGCCAAGAAUUGUUUCACUAUUAACUGAAGAUAGUUCAUCUCGUGUUCGAACAAAUGCUGCUACAUGUCUUGGGAAUAUGUGUUAUCACAUAGAUCAAUUGUACGAUUCAGUAUGUAAACAUAAAGUUCUUCACGCGCUUCUAGAGACUGGUUGUCUGGAUGGUGAUCGAAGAGUGCAAGAAGCGGCAUUAGCUGCAUUACGAGCUCUUUGUAUUUCAAAUCAUCGCAUAUGUAAUGAUUUAUCCAUUAUGAAUACAGUGAAAAAGUUGAAUGAUAUGCAAAUCACUUUAAAACGUAUCAGUACAAAUCGUUCAGGACGUAAAUCAAGCGCUAGAAGUCGUAUGUCAAUCAUUCAACUUGGUUUAAUUGAUUACGAUAUAAUUUCUCAGCAUGUAACAGCUAUAUGCGAUUUAUUGUGUACAAAGCAAGAAAACAAAUAAUUUGAAAAAAAGAGAAAUAAGAACAAAUAAAAACAAAUAAUAAUAGUAUUAUGUUGUACAGUUGUAACCAGUUAAUUACAAAUCAGUUUCCUUUUGAUCGAUUAAUUAAUUAUACGAUUUAAUUGAUACCAACAAUAGGAUUGUUUCAUUUAUACAUCUCUGUCACAUACUUCCUCUCCCUAACCUAACUCUCUACAGAAGUUCUGUGAUGUUUUCACUAUUUACUAUAAUCACUAAUAAUUGUAAUAUAAUAUUAACAAUAGUACUCUCAACAUGUACAGUUUUCGUUUCUAUUAAUUGUUUCUUUUUAAUCAUACUAUUUAUCUAUAUAUUUUGGGGAGAAAACAUCAUAUUUUGUAUGCGGUGAUGUUUUGUUUUGUUUUAAAGAAAAACAAUAUUCAGGUAUUCAUUCUUUUCAUAUAUUUUUUAAUAUACGAUACAUAUCUUUGUGUAUGUGACAUUCUACAAAUAUAGAUGCACACAAACAGCAAUUUCGGAUAUAUACCUGAAGUGGUUGCAUUCGAAAUGUUUAUCUGUUUGCGAGUGUUAGUGUCACAUGUUAUUUUAUUUGUUCUGUUUAUCCGAUGCAAUUGUUGACCAUAAUAUAGUUGAUGAAUCAUUCAUUUAUUCAAUUAUUUACUUUUACAAACAUGUUUCUCAUUUAUCUUGGCUUCAUUUCUUUUUUUGUUACGGUGGUUUUUGUUUCAAAGCCAAUAUUAAAAAAUCAUAAUUUGUUUGUAGUUGAAGCCUCAUGUCCUUAUUACAGUGUUUGACUUUUACAAUUAUUAAGUAGUCACUGUGAUGUCUCAAUAUCACCGAGAAGACCGUAGAUGUAGUUGUGUUUCAAUGUGCUAUUGAAUAAUCGGGGUUAAACUGUUGUUUGUUUCAUCAGUAUCUUAAUGAAUUUUUAGUAGGUCUGUAAUAAUAGUGUUGAACAACAUAAUGUUGAAUAAACACGAAUUUAAUGCUUUCA